AUGCUAACAACACGGAAUAAUGCAGUUGCUGAAUUUGUACCGUUCUCAAUAGCUCAUAUUCACAAGCUUGAACCCUUGUCUUCAGAGGAGGGAUGGAAACUUUUUUGUAGGAAGGCAUUUGGCUCUGAUGACUCUUGUCCUCCAAACUUGAAAGAAUUAUCAGAACAUAUCAUUGGAAAAUGUGGAGAUCUACUCCUAGCAAUUGUUGCGAUUGGUGGGCUUCUCUCCAAAAAAAACAAGAUUGCUUCUGAAUGGAGAAAUAUACUUGAUGCUUUGGGGUUUGGGCUCAAAAUCAAACAGCGAUUCACAUCUUAA